CGACCGCGUCUUCUCCAUUGCGCGAGUGCGGAACCGCCUUUGUUUCCGGUGUGGAUCUGGGCGAGCGUGGCGUGAAGUUGGGUUUGGGUGCUGCCGGGGCUCCUUGGUUUACCUGUUUGGGUUUGUAGCUGUGCAGGCACAGCAGCUACACAGAAAAGAUGGGAGAGGAGGCCAAUGAUGACAAGAAGCCAACAACUAAAUUUGAACUAGAGCGAGAAACAGAACUUCGCUUUGAGGUGGAGGCAUCUCAGUCAGUUCAGUUGGAGCUGCUGGCUGGCAUGGCAGAAAUCUUUGGCACAGAGCUAACCCGAAACAAGAAAUUCACCUUUGAUGCUGGUGCCAAGGUGGCUGUUUUCACUUGGCAUGGCUGUUCUUUACAGCUGAGUGGCCGCACCGAGGUUGCCUAUGUCUCCAAGGACACACCUAUGUUGCUUUAUCUCAACACUCACACAGCCUUGGAGCAGAUGAGGAGGCAGGCGGAGAAGGAAGAAGAGCGAGGCCCCCGGGUGAUGGUAGUGGGCCCCACUGAUGUGGGCAAGUCCACAGUGUGCCGUCUACUGCUCAACUAUGCAGUGCGUUUGGGCCGCCGUCCCACUUACGUGGAGCUGGAUGUGGGCCAGGGCUCUGUUUCCAUCCCUGGUACUAUGGGGGCCCUCUACAUUGAGCGGCCAGCUGACGUUGAAGAGGGAUUCUCUAUCCAAGCCCCUCUGGUGUAUCAUUUUGGAUCCACCACUCCUGGCACCAACAUCAAGCUUUAUAAUAAGAUUACAUCUCGUUUAGCAGAUGUGUUCAAUCAAAGGUGUGAAGUGAACCGAAGGGCCUCUGUGAGUGGCUGUGUCAUUAACACCUGUGGCUGGGUCAAGGGCUCUGGGUACCAGGCCCUGGUGCACGCAGCCUCAGCCUUCGAGGUGGAUGUGGUUGUGGUUCUGGAUCAAGAACGACUGUACAACGAAUUAAAACGGGACCUGCCUCACUUUGUCCGCACUGUGCUGCUCCCUAAAUCAGGGGGUGUGGUUGAACGCUCCAAAGACUUCCGGCGGGAAUGUAGGGAUGAGCGUAUCCGUGAGUAUUUCUACGGAUUCCGGGGCUGUUUCUAUCCCCAUGCCUUCAAUGUCAAAUUUUCAGAUGUGAAAAUCUACAAAGUUGGGGCACCCACCAUUCCAGACUCCUGUUUGCCUUUGGGCAUGUCUCAGGAGGACAAUCAGCUCAAGCUAGUGCCUGUCACACCCGGCCGAGAUAUGGUACACCACCUCCUGAGUGUUAGCACUGCUGAGGGCACAGAGGAGAACCUUUCUGAGACCAGUGUGGCUGGCUUCAUUGUGGUGACCAGUGUGGACCUGGAACAUCAAGUGUUUACUGUUCUCUCUCCAGCCCCCCGCCCACUGCCUAAGAACUUCCUUCUCAUCAUGGAUAUUCGGUUCAUGGACCUUAAGUAGAGAUUGGUAGGAAGCCUGCUGCCUGGGGCAUUAGAGAUAUUCUGGCCAUCACCAAACGCAGGUAGACUGAGGUAUGAGACUCUGUUGAGGCCACGCAGACGAGUAAACAGUGAACUAGUAGAAAGCAUAUUUCUACCUCUUGAAACAGGUGGUGGAAACCCAACUCUUCUAAUCUUGAACCAAAAGGACAACCAUGAGAAUAUAAUUGGUUUCUUGGAUCACCAAAGGUGCCACUUUGAAUUUUCUGAGGUCCCGGAGAAUCCUAUUCCACUAUGCUACUUGGUGGACUGAUUUCUAGGAGGAAUUUUUUUUUUUUUUAUCAUCACUGCUUUAUAUUCUGUAUCUAGUACUUACUAUCUCAUUUUUACAGGAUGAAAGAUUGAAUCAGAAGGCCUCUUUCUAAUAAAGUUCAAACUUGGAAAAUUUUAAUAAAUACUUUUGUCAUCUCA